AUUUAUUGUAGAUAUAUAGCCUCUGAGACACUUAAGACGUCCAACUGCCGAUUCAUUAUAGAUUCAGCAUAAUACAUUUUAUUCUUCAACUUAUUACGAAAAGAAAGCAUUGUUAGGGUCAUUGAUCAACUAUAUAAUCACUAACAGAAACAUGGAGAGAACAUGGACAGUUGUACAAUUUAUUGACGAGGAGACCGUUGAAGCUGUCCCAACAACCUGGAUUAUUAAUAAUAAAUGUUAUUGGCCGCCGUUCCAAAUGGAAAAAAUUAUAGCAGCAAUCAAAAAACAUGCCGAGCCUAACACAUGUUGGCCUUCAUAUGAUAUUACAAUUUUUAGAAACAGCAGUUAUGACAACUAUCAAACAGCCAGGGAAAAAGCAAAAAAGGCAGAAUUUACGUCUGAAUUGACUUCCGACACUGAUAAUAAUAAAAUUUCAAAAAGAAAAGUUAUACGAAAGAAGUUCUCUUCAUCAUCAGAUUCUCUUGCGGAGGAUACAGUAUUACGUACGCCUCCAGUUAUGCAAGAAUCAUCACAGAGUACAAGUCGCGUUUUAGAAAGCAACAAGAGUCGAUUAAAAUCAACCAAUCUAUUAUCCAGUGAAAAUACAGAUAAACAGACAAAACAUUUAUCACAUAAAUUUUUGGAUAAUAAUUAUACUUCGCGAGACUAUGAACCUAACGUACAAAGUAACGAAACAGAUAUCGACAAUAACAAUGAUGAUUUAAGAGCCAUGAAGAAUGAGUUGUUGCAACAAAAUCAUCAACAGCCAAAUGCAAAUCAAAGAAAUUCUAUUUUUUCUUCUUUCGAUCUUCCUUUUAACAGUGUUAAAGAUAUAGAACAGCU